CAACAUACUGAGCAACUGUCAGUGGAUAUAGCCCAUCGGUAGGGUAUAUCGCAAUUUGUGGUGUUUGCAAAACCAAAAAUGUCCGCCCCGGAACAGAUCCAGCAGGAAAAGGCGGCCCACCGAGCCGCCUUGCGUAAUGAAUACUGGCGGACGAUGACAAAUCCGAACAAUUACUUACGUGGCGAGAGCACAGGAGUGUUCGACAAAGGGCUGGCACGCUUCCAGGCCAUGCGAGUUAACCACAUUGACCACUUCAAACCAACCUGGUACUCGUUCAGAAUCGGCAUGCUAACGGUGGUGAUUCCGAUUGUAGGAUAUGCGCUGCUCUUGAAGAAGGAACGUGAUGGCCGCGAGCAUUUGUAUCGUACCGGUCAGGUGGCGUACAAGGAUCGUCGUUUCAAAUUCAUUUAAACAGCAGCUAUCACUAUUUAUCAUUUUUGUAGCAGAAUGAAUCUGUGAACACGGUUGUUUCGAAUAUGGAAAGAAAUAUAGAAAGGUGAUUUAGUCACGGGUACGAGAA